UGGCGGGUGCGCUCCGCGGUGCCCGCCGCCUGCUAUUUAGGCGGAGCAGGAGCCAGAGCGCAUCUGCGCGGAGCCGAGCCAGGCGACAGCCCACUGUCCUCGCUCUGCGCCAGCAGCUGCGCUCCCACUGCUCCGCAAGAACCGGCCAUGAGCGCCUCCCCGACGCUGCUCCCGGGGCCCGAAGAAGGACUGCAGACGGCCUGGCCCCUAACGGCCAAUGCCAGCCACGCCCCGGAGGAGGAGGUGGAGGCAGCUGAGUCUCCAGGAAGCAGGGGCGCAGGGACUGCGGGCAUGAUCACCAUCCAGUGCAUUUACGCACUGGUUUGCCUGGUGGGUCUGGUGGGCAACGCUCUGGUCAUCUUUGUGAUUCUCCGCUAUGCCAAGAUGAAGACAGCCACCAACAUCUACCUGCUCAACCUGGCCAUUGCAGACGAGCUCUUCAUGCUCAGUGUGCCCUUCGUGGCCUCGUCGGCUGCCCUGCGCCACUGGCCCUUUGGCUCAGUGCUGUGCCGCGCUGUGCUCAGCGUGGAUGGCCUCAACAUGUUCACCAGCGUCUUCUGCCUGACAGUGCUCAGCGUGGACCGCUAUGUGGCCGUGGUGCACCCUCUGCGCGCUGCCACCUACCGCCGACCCAGUGUGGCCAAGCUGAUUAAUUUGGGUGUGUGGCUGGCCUCCCUGCUGGUCACCCUGCCCAUAGCCAUCUUCGCCAACACGAGGCCGGCCCGGGGAGGCCAGGCGGUCUCAUGCAACCUGCACUGGCCACACCCAGCCUGGUCUGCGGUCUUCGUGGUCUAUACUUUCUUGCUGGGCUUCUUGCUGCCUGUGUUGGCCAUUGGUCUGUGCUACCUGCUCAUCGUGGGCAAGAUGCGGGCAGUGGCCUUGAGGGCUGGCUGGCAGCAGCGGAGACGCUCAGAGAAGAAAAUCACCCGGCUGGUGCUGAUGGUAGUGGCCGUCUUUGUGCUUUGCUGGAUGCCGUUCUAUGUAGUGCAGCUGCUGAAUCUGUUCGUAACUAGCCUUGAUGCCACCGUUAACCAUGUGUCCCUCAUCCUCAGCUAUGCCAACAGUUGCGCCAACCCCAUCCUCUAUGGCUUCCUCUCUGACAACUUCCGCCGCUCUUUCCAGAGGGUCCUGUGCUUGCGCUGUUGCCUCCUGGAUGCCACUGGUGGUGCAGAGGAGGAGCCCCUGGAUUACUAUGCCACUGCUUUCAAGAGCAGAGGUGGGACAGGCUGCAUAUGCCCCCCACUGCCCUGCCAGCAGGAGCCUGUGCCUCAAGAACCAAAUCGAAAGCAUGUCGUUCUCACCAGGACCACUAAUUUCUGAAGAGCCCUUCAGCCAUCCAUCUCCAGGGUGUCUGCAUCACACUUCCAGUCCUGCAGGCCUUUCGUGGAUGUUCAACUGAGGACCACACCACCUGUUCCCAGCAAGCCAGCUCCUGCUUUCCCAUAGCAGCCUAUGUGCUAGCCCCAAGAGCCUCAGAGCUCUUCUGCUUCCUCCUUGCCCUGGGACACUGCUUUUCAGAAGAAUGCCUUUGCAGAGAAGGGCAGGAUUACACUGAGAACUGGUCUAAGAUAUCAAUCACACCUGGACCUCUCUGAUUGUUUUUCAAGAGGAAGGAAGUAGACGGAAUGGCCAUUUGCAUGUGAUUUGUUGCUGAGGCUAUUAGUAUCUUCAGCCUCUGUAGAUUGCUUUGUGGUGGGAGAGACUACAGGCAUGAAAAGAGAAGAGAGAGAGGAAGACAUCUGCAAGAAUAGUUGUGGGUUUGAGCUGAAAUUUGUCUGCCACCCAGGGCAUCAGCUUUUGUCAACCCCUAGACCCCAUGUCUACUUGCAUGACAAGUAUCUCUGCUUGUCCUGGGACAGUAGCAAGCUUCCUGUGAGUAAAAAUGGUUUGAAAAGACAUGAUGUUAGUUUUUUCUGGGAAACAGACAACCAGAUAAGUAAUGGUAAAAAAGGAAGAUCAGUUUCAUUGAGUCUGGUGAUGUGAUUUCUUGUCCCAGCCCUUUGGUAUGUGAGCCUGAGAUCUAGGUGACAAUUUGUAACAUGGUGGUAAGUGGGAGGAAAAAUAGGAGAGAGAAGAGGAGAACAGAAAACACAGUUUGAAAUCAGCCUGAAUUUUGGAGAGAGGCAGUUUUAUCACUCACUGGUAAAAAAUUUAAUG